GACGGGAUGUACAAAAUUGAAACCGUAUAAAAGUAGAACCUUCACUUUGGAACUUAGUUUUCUCACAGUGAAAUUCUGCAGAAAAUGAAGUCUGUUACAUUGCUCGGAGGGCUGAUAUUAUUAAACGCGCUUGUGACUGAGUGCUCUAUUCCUGAUGGAACUACGAAGCCAUUUGUGCGCAGUCGUUACAGCAAACGUUGGCGCAUUGCAACUACGGAGGCGAAUGUCAAUAACAGUUCUUUGACAACGGAAUCACAGAAGACUAUAGAAGUGGAACUGAAGUCUGACGAUACAACUAUAGUGAACAACGUGGCUAAAUUUGAGGAAACCACGGCUGUGGUUAAUCCGACUAUGCCAUUGCAGACCACCACAGCUAACUCAAAAGUUGUAGAGGAACCAGCCAAGAAAAUCUUUAGUACCACAACGGAACACACCAGACAUAAUGGUCCAAAUGGAUUACCAUUGGACUAUGAUUACUAUGGUAAUGGUGGAGAAAAUGAGGAAGAUGCAGGUCACAAAUAAUUAACUUAUUUUUUUAACUACAUAGCCAUAUAAGCCCACUUAUAAAUAUGCACCUAUAAGAAAAGGAAUUUCAAAUUUAUUUAAUUUUUCGUUAAAAUUGUAAAUUCAACCAAAAAUAUUUCUCAACUGAAGUUUAAGAGGAACUGUAUUAGUAUUAAAAGUUAAGAAUGGCAACUCCACAAAACAGCUGACCGGCAAAAAACUGUCCGUCAAGUGUUUAUGGAAUAUCUUAUUGAAAAAAAUAAAUAAAAUGUACAGCAUAAUCAAA